AUGGCUACCGAAUUCGAGGACAGCGAUGUUACCGAGAAAAAUGACGAAAUUGCGAAUGGAGUCAACAGACAGAAGCAAAAUGACGAUCUGUUAGUUCAGAUUAAAACAAUAAAACGCUCCGCAAAAACAAAAGUGACAAAACUCAGACAUGAGUUAGAAAGACUAUGCGUGAAGGAUUCCGAAGUAACGGACAUAGAAAGUAUGAUUGAGUAGUUGUGGGCAGCCCUUGAAGACGCACAAGAAAUCUUAGAGGAGCUGUCCGCCUUCUAUGUCGAAGUCGGAGAAGACACUGGGAAAAACCAAGCUUUUAAAAAGUCAGAAACCAUCGAAAAAGACGUACAAAGAGCGAUCGAAGCGGGACAAAAUGCGAUCAAAGUCCGAUCGUGCAAAAUCAUAAAUAUGAACACGCCAUUUAGCGAGAACGCGACGCAUCGCUACGAGCAAUCGGCCAGAGAAGAAUUGCUAAACGAGAGUCACCGCAGCCACAACGACCGAAAUCGAUAAUAGAAGCCGUUAAAAGUUUCGACAUUAAAUGGUGACAAAAGAAAGUUUGAAGAUUUUUUGGGCCCUCUUUACAAGUCUAGUAGACGACUCAACAGAGCCAGUAAAUUUGAAGAUGGCAAGGCGGCGACAAUGCCUCACAGGGAACGCCUUGGAAGCCAUCCGUGGUCUUGGAGUCACCGUCCACGAAUACGAGGAGGCCAAAGAGAUAUUAAAAACGAAGUAUGGAGGUACGCGCCGGGUUCUGCGAGCCUGCUUGGAUCAACUAGAACAGGCGCCGGAGAGGUAGAAGAUGGAACUCUUCACAGCUUGCUGGUGAAAAAGUUGCCUGACCGCCAGCUGGAAAAUUACAGUCGCUGGUUGAACGAACGCGCCAGACAAAAUUUAGUCACGGCUUUAUAG